AUGGACAUUGAUCCUGACAAUGGUGGUAGUAAUUCUGGUUAUGGUGGUUUUCGUCGAGAUGCUGGUCCUGAUUUAGAUAUGUUUAAUAAUAAGAAAAUGUUAUUUUUCGAUGUUGGUGCAAAUAAAGCAUAUACAAUUGCUACUUGGUUAUCGCUUUGGAUGCUAAAUCUUAGUAUUAAUCCUCAAGUUUUAGCAGAUUAUUUACGAACUAAAUUAAAGUUAAAUGAUUGUGGUGCAUAUGGUGACUGUAAAGAAGAAGGAUUUAUAAAGUUUAAUUCAAGUCUACGUAUGAAAAAGACUAUUGAAAUAUAUGCAUUUGAACCACAACCAACUACAUAUGAAAUAUUGUCUCAAAUGAAACAAUGGAUAAAUGUAUCAUUUCUGUAUACAUAUCAACUAGCUCUAAGUAAUGAAACUAAAAUUAGUACUUUACAAAAAUGUCCUCCAGGAGGCGAAAUAUGUGGACUAGAAACAAAAACGAAUCUAAGCACUGAAAAUCAUGUGGCAACAAAAGUUAUUACUUUAGAUAAAUUUUUAGAAGAGCAAAAUAUUACUGAAAAAAAAUUGAUUUAUUAA